AACCAGUGUUAUACUUUGAUUUUUACACUUUGACUUUGAGUAUUCUUAAUCACAAAGACCACUAUCUUCACCAACUCUCCAUUCCUUUUCCUUCCUCUUCGUAGAGAAAGAGACAGAACCAGAAGCAGAGAGGCCAUGUCGAUAUCUGUACACUCCUCCGCCAUCACCACCAAUCUAACAACUACAGUAUCAUACCUGUCCAAAACCUCCACUCGCUCUUUCCCGCGCCGUCGGAUUGGCUCUGUGAAUUGUUCGAUGGAAAUGACGACGGAGACUGAUCGGCUGGUGAAGCUGAAGAACGGAAAUGACUCAAUAGAGAUAUGUAGAGUUAUCAACGGUAUGUGGCAGACGAGCGGAGGAUGGGGCAAGAUUGACCAAAACGCGGCCGUUGAGGCAAUGAUCCGUUACGCUGAUGCUGACCUCUCCACCUUCGACUUGGCCGAUAUCUAUGGUCCUGCUGAAGAUAUUUAUGGCAUUUUUAUCAAUAAGGUUCGUCGAGAACGUCCACCAGAAUAUUUGGAAAAAGUUAAAGGUUUGACAAAAUGGGUCCCUCGUCCAGGGAAGAUGACAAGGAGCUAUGUUCGUGAGAGCAUCGACGUAUCUCGGAAGAGAAUGGAUGUGGCUUCUCUUGAUAUGCUUCAGUUUCACUGGUGGGACUAUGCGAAUGACGGUUAUCUUGAUGCACUGAAACACCUCACUGACCUUAAAGAUGAAGGUAAAAUCAAGACUGUUGCUUUGACAAACUUUGAUACAGAGAGACUUGAGAAAAUCUUAGAGAACGGAAUCCCUGUUGUUAGCAAUCAGGUGAUGUUCGAAUUGCAUCUACCUUUCUUUUUUUCUUCUUGCAAGUUCCUUUGUUCAUGUGGAUAUUCAUUACAGGUGCAACACUCCAUUGUAGACAUGCGUCCUCAACAGAGAAUGGCUCAGCUUUGCGAGCUUACAGGCGUCAAACUUAUAACAUAUGGGACGGUAAUGGGUGGUCUACUGUCAGAGAAGUUCCUAAAUGCCAAUCUAGCAAUCCCUUUUGCUGGCCCUAGUUUGAAUACUCCUUCUCUCCAAAAGUAUAAAAGGAUGGUUGAUGCAUGGGGAGGGUGGAAUCUAUUCCAAGGUUUGCUUCGAACGAUGAAGAGCAUUGCCACAAAACAUGGUGUCUCUAUUCCGACAGUGGCCGUCAGAUACGUACUAGAUCAGCCAGGAGUUGGUGGAUCAAUGAUUGGGGUGAGACUGGGAUUGGCGGAACAUAUACAAGACGCUGACGCUAUAUUCUCGUUGGUAUUGGAUGAUGAAGAUGUUAAUAGCAUACAAGAAGUUACCAAGAAAGGUAAAAAUCUUCUCCAAGUGAUUGGUGACUGCGGAGAUGAAUAUCGAGGCUAA